CGAUGGGCUUUGUGCAGUGCAGAGAAACUACUAGUAUUAAUUAAAAUCAUUGAACAAGUCGAGUCGAGCGAAUAAAUUAUAACCAGUGACAGUGCGAGCGAUAAAUUAAAUAGCGAAAAAUAAUGCCGAACAUUGUCGCACUAAAGCUGAGCGCCAGCUAUCCGAUCUUGCCGGGUCACCAGGGUCACAAAGGUCAAAUAAAGGGGGAGGGAAAUAUCCUGGUACUGGACCAAUUGGCACUGCAGCAACAAAUCAGUGCGAAUUUCAUUUUCCAUGCGAUUUCCAACUACAAGAAAACGCCGUCCGAGCGAAAAACGCUGGACUUCAUUGCCAAAAAAUGGCUGCAGAUCCAGAUGCUGUGGCGCGAGUUCCGGCUGAGGGAUAAGCAAAUACGGCGUGGCCACAAGGAUGCCCACUGGCUGGAGCACGGCUACUUCCAGCAGGAGCUCUUCGAGCUGGUCCACGAGAAGUAUUCGGCGGCCCGUGGCUGCCUGAGUCGUGACAAAAGGAGUCUGCUCACUGGCCGGCCAACACUGCCAUAGUGUUUAUUCAGUCGACGAAAAGGUGGCGGAAGGCCCCUAGAAAAAGGCAUAAAGAAGCUGGCAGGAAAAAGGAUGAGUCAACCAGAAGAAGAAGUGGCGGAGGAUACGGACGUGUGAAAACUUAUUCCCAAUAUCCUCCCCCCACGCCCUGAAAAACACGCAUUCGUGUGUGGUCUGCACUGGGUAAACAGUUCGGUUCGGAGAUGAUAUCCGUCAACAGCGAUUCCAUUUCCAUUCCACCAAUACCAAUCGCAAUCUCAAUCCCAAUCCCCAUCCAGUGGGCAAUCAAUCUGACUGGACGCCAAUGAUUGAUUGCACUCGGCAAAUGCUUAUCACAAUUAUUAUGAUAUGCCAAAAGGUUAUACAAGUCAUGCUGAUGACGUCGAUUGGGGCCACGAAUUGUUGCAAGUGGCCAAAAGCAUUUAUAUUCAUUAUAUCCAAAGCAAUAAAAAACAAUCUAAAAAAACGCUUAGAUUUUACUUAGGUACAAAUGUUGAAAUAAUCAUUUACCAUCGGUCACCUUCAAAUUUAAAUAAAUAAUUAAACUUUGAGCCUUUAAUCAGCAUUAAUCAGAUACCAA